AUGAGUGUACUUGCUGACGACGGCGAACUGAAUGCCAGCCCGCGAUAUCUGGAAACGAUGCUGGCGCUCGUAUCACAUUGGAUCGCGCUCUGGAGAGCCAAAAACUGAAAAAAUAUAAACAUAUCGAUGGCGAAGGCGAGAUUUGUUUGCUUCACUGUCCCUUGGUCCCGACAGUCCUCGGCUUUUCCCCUUCGCUUUUGGAUUAUCGAUUGGCUAUCGGUUUCUAAACGCUUCCGGUGGUCAAUCGCUUACUUGAGGCGAUGCUCAACGCAAGACACAGGUAUCACAGGUGAGCGGUGUUGGGUUCUUAUGAGACAAUUUUGAACGGUCGAAGUGAAAGAUCGAAUAUAAUUUUAUAUCCAGUUAGCUUCACCAAUCAGUUUUAUGAAUUUACAGCUUCUUUUUUUUACUUUUGUAACGACAGCUCACUCUUUUUUAGGAGCUUUGAGUAAUUAUAAAAUGUUCCGCAUAUUUCAAUUUUGCAUAGGUUUGAUUGUUCAUCUGAGUUUGUGUUCCACUUGCUAAAUAUAUUGGGAAGAUAGAAAAAAUGAUUAUGUUCAUGUGAUAAUUACAAACAGAAUAUGCGAAUUGCGUUCAUUUGGGGAGUUUGCUGAUUCUGCCUCGGGUUACUUUUUGUUUUUUUAAACUAAGUGCUUCUAUUUAAAGAGUUAUUUCUUAACUUAUUUCUUAACUUUUCUUAAGUUUUCGGUUGAAUAAAAUACCAUCGAAAAAAAGUUUGUAAAGCUCGUCGGGAUAAAAGAAAGAAAAAAACAGUUAAAUUAGCACCUUUGGCGGACGGUUAUCGUACCUAUGGUUGAAGGAUGAAUGGGCUAUGCGGCAAAUCAAGAGUAACAAUGCUCAAAACUGUUGGGCCGUGGCGGCCUUCAACCAUCAAACUGCGCAGUAACCCUCCGAUGACCCCGUCAACAUGCUCGUGUCGAGGCUUUCCUUCUUUGCUCACAGAAUUAUCGAUGCGUCUGUAUCUUUGGCACUUUGCUUUAAAAUCAGUUUCAAUUGCUCAUUAUAUUUAGCCAUAUGCGAGUUUACUUAGGGAUCGGAAAAUUACUCAACAAUAUGAUCCACGACGCAUUCCACAGAUUCCAUUUCAUCGUGAACUUUUGCUAGAAAAAUGUUGGCAAGUAUUUGUUCGUUUCAUAUGAAUUUAUAUCUGCUGCUGUCGGAAAUGUUAUUUUUUGAAAUGGUUUUGCGAGUGUUAUCUUUUUUGAUCCUUCCAAGUCGCCGGUCUACUACACGGCCUAGUUUGAAAUCAUGAUCUGAGCUUCGUUGACUCUGGACAGAGUAGAAACGUCAGACCAUUCAAAGCUGAAACAAUUUUCAUCACCAGAGAAGCGAAAAGAUACAUGAGCCGUUAUUGCUCAAAGAAUGUUUGACAAGUCAAGUUCCAUUAACAAUAUAUAAACAUCAAUAUACGUGGAAAUUUUCGGGUAGAAUAAAACAGUUAAAAGAUGAAGUAUAUGAUUUAGUUGUGAAGGUUUCCAAAGCUCUGAAAGUAGAAUCGGCUUUAUUUGUGUGCUCCACUGGCUGUAAACCUUGAGAUCGAGGCUGGCCCGCGAGUCUCGUCGCUAUCUUCCGACGUCAUCAGACGCCUCAUUGGGUAGUUCUUCUCGCCGAAAAACUAAAACCCAUAUGCGGCGAUUCCCUAUUCUCUCUUUCGAUUCAACUAUUUUUUCUGGUUUGAUGCUUAGUGCUGCUUGAUCUGCAUACACGAUUUUAUCGAGUUUUUUACGCGGAUGUCAUUUCGUUGAGGCCUGUCGUGCGCUUUUUGCUGCGUUCCAUCAAUAAAAAAGGGUUUUUGAAAACUGAGUUGAACUGGAGUUUCUUUGUUGGCUGGCAUUUCAAGUUACUUGAAGUUAUCAAUUCAUCGAGGCUUUUGAUCGUUUUCAGUGCCGGAAGUUUGAAAUCGGCUAGCGGCUCAGCGACCUACGCUUCAUACGAUGCAGUCCAAUACCGCGACAACCUUCGCAAAGGUUCUCUUUCCUUUGAACGUCAGCGGAAAAUCCACUACGUUUAUUCAGAACUCAGUUCUUCCUUAGACGGAUUCUCAAAGGUGCAGAGCUAUCAUCCCGGUUGGACGACCAACCGACCGCAAACAGUUUUUUUCGUCAGUCACAAAAAGGUUUUCAACUUACAAAACAAUUUGCUCGAAUAAAGAUGACAAAGUUGCGAAUCCUGGAAAAAAGUUUGAAAAAAAAGUCUUUUUUUCUUUCAGAAACUGUUAAAGCAGGUGCGAAUCGCUCGAAAAUCGUCCAUUCCUUCCUCAUCGUCCAGCGGACUUUCAAGAGUUGCUUGGGUUGGUUGUUUUCUAGAAAACUUAUUCUUUGCUCAUCUGAAUACAAGACUUCCCUAUCAGUUUCAAAAAAGAAAAAAGUUUGAAGCGCUUCCAUUUUGAAAGUUGAACCUACACACUUCUUUGAACUACACUUAAGUGAUCCAUUUUUACCUGAAACUGGCGCGCCAUGGCGGCUUUAAUAUGAUUUUCAAUUCAAACUUUUUUUUUACCUCGCACAUGAUCUUUUUGUCAGUGUUUUUUUUUUUCAAUUUCAAAUCGCAUCAAUAGUUUUUCGUUCCAAACGCUGAAAAAUUUUCCAAUCAGUUUGCUUUUCAACGCCUUGCCUAUAAACAAAUAAGAACUCAUUUCACUGAAGAAAGAAGAAGGUUCAAUCCAUUGAAACUUUCAUGGAGUUUUCAAAAAUCAGACUUGCCCGCAGAAUCAUGUUUUUCUUCAUCACGUUUUCCUUUUAUAUUCUUGUAAUCUACACUUUCACAACUUUUAGAAAUUGAGCUUGCUGGUUCUUACUAUUCUUAAAACUUUUAAAAAAUCUUCAGGGGUCUAGCUGCUUAAAGUAAGCCGCCAUAUAAGUAGCUUCACAAAUUGGUGUCAUCGUAAAGUUUCUCCAUUCCCUCUUGACUUAAUUUGACGUGGUGUUCAAUUUUAUUGUAAAUUUGAAUCAAAGAAAAAAAUGUUCAAGCUGCGAAUUAUUGUCGCUGUUUUUGAAGGGUGCUUGUACAGUUCAUUGUUCCUCUUAAAAUAGCGCGUCUUAUUUUUUGCAGCUUGCUUUUGAGAUUUCUAAAUUAGACGACGUGCACCGAGGGAGUGAGUGCUGAUUACGAGGUUAUGAGUAAGCUCCGAUUAUUGUUAUCAAUUGGCUCCGCCUCCUCGUUAUCACUUGUUUUGACUCAUUUACCCUUUUUGUUGUCUCUCUCUCUCUCUCUUUGUUCAAAAUGAUAGUUGGUAUCAGCCACGGGAAAAUAUUGUGUUUUGUUUCGAAAAUCUACCUUUUCAACGUUUUGCUUCUUUCUUUGGCAAAAAUUGUUUUUUUUUUCUUUCAUUAGGUCUGACUUUCAAAUCUUUCACAUACUUUCAAUUAUUUUCAAAAGACUUUUAAAUACUUAUUUAAUAUUGGAAAAAGUUAAAAGUUAUGUUUUAUGCUUUUGAAACGGCUUCGUUUCAUUGCAUUUGAUCAAGAAUAUUGUGUACGACGGUGUGUCGUUGCCGUUUAAUUAAAUAUGCAUUUUCGAAAUAGAUUCUGACUCAUGAUUCCCACGCGGCGCUCCAUAUUGAAAUAUUAAGAGGCCGUUGCGUUUCCCACCAAAACUGUACGAAGUGACGCUUCAGCCCUUGUACAACUGGGAGCAUUUUUCCACUGUAUUUAUUCUCGAGUGCCCGUUUUUCUUCUUUUUACUUCUAGAAAACUGAUUUUUGCAUGUGAACACUGUUCUAUCAAUGAACUUCAGUUCGAACACUGAAGAAGAAAACUGCUGUGGAGGCAUUUAGAAAUCUCGUUAACCUAGAAUCAAUUCUCACACACCAAAAAACUCUGAGAAGAUGAAUUUCCCAGUUCGCCGUGGAUUUUCGUCAGUUCUCAAAUUUUUUUAAUAGAAAUGUAAAAAAAAUGCCCUCUGUUUUUAGCACUUUUUGGCGGCGCCACAUCUCGCAUCGAUUUUGCAUUAAAAACGGCGUAAAACUGUGCGAGUAUCAGCAGAAAAUUGAAAUGUUACACAUUCGGACGCGUGAAUGUCGUUGAGAGACCGUACAAAUAUAUCUGCGGGUUCGGAAAAGGACUUUUCUUUUUCUUAUCCCGUGCCCUUUUAUCGCUGCCUUCGUUUAGUUUUUUUUUUCUGGUUUCCUUCAGUAUCGAACUUUUUGAAGCUCUUUCCAGUUUCGGACUGUAAGAGAAUAUUUGAUGGUCCAUUCAAAGAGUAAAUAGGGUCACUCAGUUGUUUAGCGCCUUGUCGUUAGCUAUAAAUUUAACGCACACUUCGAUUACGAACAAAGAUCUUUUGAAGCUGCGCCCCUAUCCGACCGGCUCUUCGUCGUCGUCUUUCCAACGCGACGACGUCUGCGCUUCAGAAUCCGCCGCCCCAGACGUCAUGUACUCGAUGACUCUUCCCCGUAGUUACGGUCAGUCUGGCUUUCACUCUUCUUCAGGAUCCACUCACCAGGGAACGUUUUUUACUUUCUCACAAUAUAUCUUGUUUCCGAUUUAUGGAUCUUUGAAUUGUGCAAAAUACGCAAAUUAAGCCAAAAAUGCGCUUUUUCGGGUUUUUAAAGUGUCCUAACUCGAAAACAAGAUCUAUUGCGAGAAAACUUAUUUUUGUUCUGGAAUCGGGGGUCUUAAAGUAUACUUUAACAAAGUUUCAGCGAAAAUUCAACCGGGGGGUAAAAAAUGUUCCCUAGUCAGACGACACGAAAUAAUCUCCUUUUAAGUAUAAAUAUUUUCAAUCUUGAUUUAAUAUACAAAAAGGAACAUAAUCUUCAUUGAAUUACAUAAUCAAACAAAAAUAGAUCUUUUUCCAGUAAACUUGUUGAUUACCGGCUGGCAAUAUUCUUUCGACUAAUGGACUCAAAAUAACAAGAAAAUUCAUUAUUCUCGGAACAUUGAAAUUUUCGGAAAAAUUGACUGAAAAAAAUUUCAUAAUUUUACUAAUAGAGAACUAAAAAGCUGUAAUUUGCAGAGCUUCCUAUAUUUUCGAUUGCACAUUCAAAAGUUUGUACCGACUCUCGAAAAGUUAGAGGGUAACGGUUUCCGUUGGCCAGACUCAAAAAAAGCUUCGAGUGACCUUUUCGAAAGUUUUUCAUCGGGAAAAAAAGUCGCAUCGAAUGCCGUAGACGAAAGGAAAAAGAAAAAAAAGACGAUUCGUCCUGCUAAGUGCCAUCCACAUGUCGCUUUUAACAUUUCCAUCAUUUCGGAACGAAAAGCUGACUUCAUUUUUUGUGUGGGUAGCUGUCAAGGCAGAUAAUUUUUGGGUGGAGUUUUUUUAUGUGUAUCAUUAUUACAUUCCCUCUCUUUAUUUUUGAUGUCCGAGAGUUCUAGAAAGUGGAUCUGCGUUGGAGUAAUGAUGGAAGUUUGCAGGGAUGCCUUCAGACGAGGUUUCUUUCGGCUGGCGGAACGGCUGUUUGCCGAGACCGGCGACCGUGGGAAAGGCGCAAUUCGGCCACAUACUCCACAACGACAGGUAAAUGGCUUUUGCAUGCCGCGGCACUAAACAAAGAUGUUGGCCGUUCUGUUCACACGCUUUUCUGAAACAAAAAGAUUCGAUUUUACAGUAGGGAAACGUCAUAUCAGAACCAUAUCAGAAACUUUCCAGAGACUUCCAGAAACUGUCCAUGAACACGUCGGCCGAAAAGACUCAUCAGAAACUGUAAAAGAAAGAAUGGUUUUUCAAAAUGGAUUUCGUUUAAAGCAGUUUUUUUAACUUUUUGAUAUUUCUCUUAAGUUUUUAUCAAAAAAUUUCUUCAAAAAGGAGGACUUAGGAAGAGUGUUCUUUCAAUUUUCUGUUUUUUUUUUUCAAGUUUUUAAGAGAGGGUUAAAAUUUAUGUGUGUUUUUGCAUGCAGUUCUCAAGGAAGGUGUCAAGUUUCCGAAGAUGCGAGAUUGCAGGAGGUUUGCAACAAUCGAGAGAGCCAAAUUCGCGAGUUCCGACGCUUUGCUCAUGGGUCCUCAGCAUCACAACUACGUCGACUUCGACACUCUCCAAGCAGCUCGAAGAGCAGCUAUGGUCAGUUUGGGAGCACCUUUUUUGAUUAAAAAAGGCCUGCUGCCGGUGGUGCAGUUAUCGGUAGCCUGCGUAUAUUUCUUUGCUCAUCUCACCUGUCCAUUAUGGGACAGACCUCUCCGUACGCCAAUUAUCGAUCGGAGAGGAUAUCGGCACGGUGCCAAAGCCUCGCGCACCUUUCCAUCGGCCUUGUACGUCGAAAUAAUUCAAAAAACACUUUUCGUCGACUUUUCUCUGCAAACAAAGCUCUGUUCUCAACAAAGACAUAUGCUGAUUUAUUCUUCAACCGCUUUGGAGUAGUUUUCUGACUGACAAAAUUUGCGUAUUCAUCUUUUCGACUCCUGCGGCGGAUUUUUCUAACUUUCGUAUUUCACAGAAAUAAUAAUGAACCGUUUGGACCGCCCCGUUUCAAAAAAAGUUCUCCAUAUUUCCAGAAUUUCUGGAAUUUUGCAUGCUGGCUUCUUUCACGCUUGUUUUUCUCGAGUUGUGACGUCACGGCGAGUAUUUACCGUAACAUUCAGCACUUUGCGGCGUUCAGAGCCCACAUUGCGUCUCAUCGUUCCUUCGUAUUUGCAUUUGAUGUAUUGAUUUGAGCGGCACGCCAUCUCUUCUGUACAGCCGAAUGAAUGACGAACGCUGCUGUCCGUGUCUUGAUGGAGGAUAUGCUAUUUUGCUCGCUCUAGGCAGAUUUUAAACAACUCUUGAUUUUUCAGUAUUUUUUCGACUUUUUCUUUACGAAUAGUUAUGAUUACCUCAACUCAAUAACUCUCAGCUGAUUAUAGUGUCAUCUGAAGAUCAUGUGCUGAAACUUAAGUCGUAAGUAAAAGGUGCUUUUUCUAACAGUUUGUUUGUUUGGCUCUUGCAGAUUGGUCGGAAACCCUGAUUUGCAGAAAUUUUUAAAAUUUUGAAAUUUCUAUACCACCAGGACUCUUUGAAUUUUGAAAGUGAGAAGGGAUAUUGGCGGAUGAAAGGCAAAAGUCUUUCAAGUACUGAAAAUUGCACUUAAAACCUCGUCGCGCUUUCGAUUUCCGCUAAACAAACGCUCAUCUUUUCAAUUGCUGAGGAUAUGAUGCGAUAAAUCGGACGCCCUUUGGAAAAACACGUUGCCAUUGACGUCUUCUGAAUGGCAACAAGACGUUGGCAGACCGGUCGCUCGGCUUCUCAACUUCUUCGUUCGCGUCCGUUGCUUUUUCUGAAGUUGUUUCCCUUGUGGUUAUUUGGCGCAUGUGACAUCCAACCUGUCCGAUAUCUUUCUUUUUCGCAGCUUUCACUGUUUUCUAUUUCAAUAAAUUUUAAGUAAGGAAGAAAAGGUUUACACGAAAAUGUUCUGCUCUUUUAUAGUAAACAAGCAUAAAUUUUCGAUAAACGAGAGGAUAGGGAGAAUCUGGAACGAACAUUAUUUGUGUGACAAACUGUGGCACUCCUAUCUGAACGGCUUGGAAGGACUCUUGACGCAAGUGUUUCCGCAGUUUUUCAUGUGACUGUGGUUUUUUGUGACUGGCGAGCAGCUCGGACUCAAGAAAAAGUGUCGUUUAGGGUCUGAAAGAGCCAAUAGCCGCAGGGAAUCGGCCAUCGACGAGCCUGUGUUUCGAGUGUUUUCCGUCGUGUUUCUGUUGGCCGCAGUCGCUUCACACGCAGCGACGUCUUUUGCUUGUCCUGUUCCUCGCUUCGUUUUUCUCGCCUCAUUUUCUUCUGCCCGCAGGCAUGAUUGACCGCUUCCAAUCGAUUAUUGAGCCACUUUAUUGCGAUUCUUUUCUAGUUUUCUCACGGAUUGUUAGACUUGCUUCGAUAACAUCUUGCUGAAAGAUUUUCAAGUUGGUUCCAGAAUCGCCAAUAUGGUUUAUUACAGCAUUCAACGCUGAUAGAAGGCUCUGCAGUUUCAGGUUUUCCCAUUUCAAGAGAAAGAAAUACAAAAUUAUGAAAUCGCUCUGAAGUUUGCUCAAUUUCAUCAGAAAAAUAAUUUCCUUCAGUAAUUUUGUUUUGGCACCUUUCCUUUGUUCACAUUCUCUUUCCUUGAAACUUAAACGUUCAUAGGUAGUUUCCAGAUAGAAAUGUUUUGAUGGACGGGAGAGAGUUUCCAGAAAUAUCUUUUCGAUCUUUUUAUGUUCAAUCAAAAUAGGCUCGUUUGUAGACGUACGAGAUGGCGCCGUCGGGAGGGAUGUCGGUACCGACGUCUUCUGGCUCGCCGACGUCUUCUCUGAUGCCCACUAAGCGCAGCGAAGUCGUCUUCCACGCGCUCAAUAAAGGAUUCAAGUGAGUUGGUGGAGCAAGACUGAAAUUAGAAAAAAAAAGCUUCCUUUUUUCUCCAAUCAUGACUUCUCCAGCUGGUUGUUAUUUCUCAUUCCGUGUUCAAAGUUAUUCGCGAAGUCCAAAAUAGCCGUCAAAGAAAGAAAAAGCUAACUAAAUUUUAGGGAGGCAGAGAUAAUUUUGCAGUUCGCGGAAAUUACUUUGAACACGGCACUAUAUUGCGUUCGAUUUCUAAAUUCCCACCUCCUUGCCGUUUUGCCGGAUUUCGAUUUCGACUCGAACUCGUCGGCGCUCGUCUUUUCUUGUAACUUUCCCCGUCGGCCGGUGAUCGCCGCGGCUUUCCCGUCUUUUGUACAAUUUGUAUCCGUCUUUUGGCUGCUUCUUUUGCAUUUCCUCUCAUAUUCCGAUCCUUCCCUCUGAAAAAUUUUUAUUAUUUCGGUCCUAAAAACUCAAUUGAUCGAUACCAAUAUACAACGAAAUGGCAAGUGUAUUUUAUGUUUAUAUAGCCAUCUAUUUUUCCGUUUUUCUUGUCCCCCAAAAUCACAAGUCUCCUUCACGACGAUUGAUUGUUGUCAUUAGCACCCUUAUCUUCAUUAUAUAUUAAUUUCUAAAAAAAGGCAUAUCAGCCUGGCUCUCAAAAAAAAUUGGAUUUUUUUUUCUUUUUAUUUUCUUGCUGAAUUGUGCGAUUUACAUACUGUUUAUUGUUCAUUAUAUUGAAAAAUACCCUUUUUCCAACUUUGGAUCAACCUCUGUAUGUUAAUUUUUUUUUUCAAUCAAAGAUAGAAUCUGAAAGUUUUCUUUUUAAAAUGUUUUUGAAUUCCGAAUUAGGAGGCUAGAUUCAUCUCCAGGGCUUGAAAAGCUUUCCGUUUUUUUUUGUUGAAAAUCAAAAGUAGAAGUUUCGAAAUGAAUUAUUUCAGGUCAUUCGUGGCCCAUUUCUCGGCGGAAUCUUCGCGGCUCCAGUCUGAACUCGCGUCCGCCGUCGGCCAAGACGCCAAACUCCUACACGACGUCCGUUUGCUUUCAUAGAAUGUUUCAUUUUUCAAUUCGUCGCAUCGAAGCCGUGUUUUGAGCUUAUUUUUUAUCUUUGUUUUACCUCUAUCAAUCCUGAGAAGUAUGAAAGAAAGAAUCAGGUCGACAACGGUUCCCGAAGAAAAAAAAACGUCUGCGCUUAAUUGUUCGGCGACCUUUGUAGGCUGAGGAGUUUUAUGAGGACAGUCCUCAAUUAUUUUGACGCGUUUGGACUUUUUGGUUCAAUGGCUUUAGUCAUAAAUUGCGACUACCUCUUUUUUUAAAUCUUUUUUUUUCAGUCUGAAGAUUUUAUUGCAAAACUUGUCGAUCUAUAUGAAUAAUUAGCAAAGUUUCAUGUUUAAAAUCUUUGAGAAAAAUGAAAUUUUCAACAAUAACGCUGACAUGAACCCUGAAUAUUGUAACAACUGAACGGUUUGAAAUAGGGAAAGUGAUGGGGCCUUGGAAGUUUCUGGCGAUCUUCCAAAACAUGAGGAAAAGGUGGGAAACCUGGCGCGAAGCUUCCUUGGACCCUCGUUUUUGUGUUUGUGCAAGCGAUUUCCAUUUCGGUCGGUCGGAAGCCGCCUCUUUCAUCUUUUCUUUCUCGACAUUCUAAAAUUUUGCUUCAACCUUUUUUUAAUCUUGUUUAUAGUAUAUUUUUAUGUUCAAACCAAUUAGUAAUGAUUCACAAGGACUGCCCUUGCCAACUGCAGUCACUUUUUCUGUUUUUUCCAAAAUUUCUUUUAGUAACUUAGUUGCAGGAGUUGCUGCUGACUGAAGAAAACUUGGCCCUUUACAACGAAAGAUUGAAAAAACUCAACAAGCUUCAUGAAACAUAUAGAUCAGGAGCUUAUAACAACAUGAAAGGUAGGUCAAUUCUAAAACCAUCUUUUGAGGUUUUUAUAGCAGAUUCUAUUCUUUUUUUGUCCAGCUAAAUCGUCGAGUCUGAGCGAGCUGAGAGCGGCGUUUUCCUCAUCUGCGUCUGCAAAAACAGAUUCCUCGACGGCGGCCAUCGAUGCAGAACUUCAGAACUUGAUGGGCCGCGUCGUCGUAGAAAUCAAAGGUAUCAUUUCCUUGGAGGCUCUAAAAAGUUGGAAGCUCAACAAAUACACGAGCUUUGUUUUUGAAGGGUUUCUGGGAUUUUGAACUUGAUUUUUUUCAAGCGAUCGUUGGCUUCGCGAGAAUAACUCCUGGCGACGUCUUCGAAGUGCAGAUUCGGCACGCCAACCAAAAAUGGAAAACCAGAGGAAAAACUCAACCGGACAGAACACAGAAAUGGGAAAAGUCGCAGGCUGUUAUGGCCUGUCAGCCCGAUGCUUCCAUCGACGUUCGGGUGACUUUCUUGAUCCGUUUCUUCAGCUAACCUUAACAAAAACUGUUUUUAGGUUUCUGAAGUGCGGUUGUUCAAAUCGAAAUCCCUGAAUGACCGCUCCUUCGAUCCUUGUCAGUUGUUCUCCUCGCAGCCUCAACUUGUCACCAUGAACCUCAACUCUAUGGGCACCAUUAAGCUCCAGCUGAUUGUCACUUGGAUGUAUGUCUUCCGUUCUACUUUCCGCAUAGUUCCCUUCGAAUUCAGUCCACUGUUGGCGUCGAAAACAUCGAACAAGACGCAGUUGGUCCCGCCGCCGAAUAACGAGAAUACCCUGGAACGAAAGCCACGAGUCGCGCUCCGAGAGAAGAAACGUGGCUCUGCUGCCAGGUUAGACCUUUUUCAAUAUUUUGUUUCAGUUGGAGUUCAUUGGUACCGAAAUUCAUAACUGAACAUUUGGAUGAAGUUUUCACUUCAUACUUAAACCUUUUCUGUUAUAUUUAUGUACAAGAAAACAUUAUUUGAUCAUGAGCGUUGUCUCAAGUUAAUUAUUAGACAGAGAAAUUUUAAAGAUGAAAAGAUUGAUUGAAUUGAAGAGCGGCGAUGAAAGAACAAUGGAGGUCGUCUACGAACAUCCUCGAUUCGAUCUACCUCGACGUCAGCAAAACAAUUCCCUCCGUAGAAGCGGUGCGUCUUCGACCGUUUCAAUCUCCGAAAAUGAGCAUUCAGAUGUCGACGCUCGACUUACGAAGGACUCCGGCCUCGACGUCAAACCUGGCGCUCAAUUCCGGCACGUUGCCUGCUCCUUCCUCCUCUUCGCACUUUGGCGGCUCCCACUUGCCAUCCACGAUUGCUGGCAAAAGAAGUCAAAGCUUGGCUCAUCUUACGGCCACGUCUUCCAGUAGCCCCGACAGCAUCCGCGACUUCAACAAGAAGUAUUUCAAACCUAAAUUAACUUCUUCAAAUAGCUUCAGGUUCACCAGUGCCGCAGCGAAUGGUGACACGGCCAGCGUCGGUUCUUCGGCAGAAUUCUCGCAGCUUUUGGAGGCGAUAGACGAACUUUUGCCAGUCGCCAAACGUCUCAUCAACGAGUACGGCGAGUUGCAGUCGCUACUCGACGGCCUCCAACAGUGGCGUGUCUGGAUUCGAGUUCGUUUUCGCUCUAUCUUGAUAUUUCAGGUGCCUUCCACUAUUAGGCCAAAGAUUAUUUUUUUGCGAUUCAAAUGAUUCGGAAGUCUGAAAAUUCGGGUGAUUCCGCGAAAUUCAAAAUAGCCGUCAGAGAAAGAAAAAGAUAACUAAAUUUUGGAGGGUCAGAGACCAUUUUGCAUUUCGCGGAAAUUACUUUGAACACGGCAUUAGUGAUCUAUGUCUGUUUUUCUCUUUAAAGACUCCUUUUAGAGAGGCUCUCAGCGUAGAUCUUCUCCAUCGAUGGCCCGAUCUGCAACAUACAUGACUACUUCCACGGCGUCAGAUGAGCUCGAUGAUAACGUCUUGGUUUCAAACGACGUUCAGUAAGCAGAAACAUCAUAAAAGUCCAAAAUCCCAUUCUCGCAGCUCCGAAAACGACAGUGGAAUCGACUCGUUGCGACAGCAGUACUCGCCUUAUCUAAACGAGGGCAUGCGCAAAAAGUAUGGAGAGUCGGCCGGUCGCAAGGAAGGCUCUCGGUUCCGACAGGUCUCCAAAUCCAAUCUCAUUUUUUUUCACGUGGAAAUUUAGUUGAAGGAGCGUCGAAAAUCUCUGGGAGCCAUGAUUGACGCUUCGGAAAUAGAGCAGCUGUAUCUGGACAGCGACCAUUUCUGGCAGACUGGCGACGACGAUUCGAAACACACGGCCUCUGGAAGCGCGGAGGUCGACGUCUGCUUGAAGUAUCAUCUCGCGCGGAUAACCAAGUGCAUGAAAGUCAGUUCGCAGUUCUAAUUAUGAGAAAUGUACUGAAACGGGUUGCGUUCAUGUUAUAAUACACUGUUUUGGCAGAAGUUAAUCUAGAGAGGGCUUAUGUUAUAAAAUUUCUAUUGAUCUGAGCAUUUAUUCUUCUGGAUAAAAUCUUCUAAAAAUUUUUAUAAGGAAAAAAAAACACUUCAUUUUAUUCAUAUGUUUUGAUUCUUUUUUCGCUAGAUUGAUAUAAAUAGCUUUAUUCAGACUUUGGAUUCAAUUGGGCCGGACUGUCCUCUGGUUUACACCACAACAGAAACGCUGAAACGGCUCGAGGUCGAAACGGUGACCCUCGAUGAUUUGCUGCGGAUCGCUCGCACAGCGCCCGCUCUCCCUAACAUAGCCAAUGGUACUUUUCCCCAACGAAGCUUCCAAAAUAUUCCGAACUCAGUUCUCUCGGAGAUCGGCGCUUGUGCCGAGGUACAGGAGAUGUGGCUUUCGACGUGCUAUCCCCUCAACACAUCUUUGCUCGUGCCGAGAGAUCAGCUCAAGUCUCAAACUAGACUUCAAAUAGCUCACAUCGUCGAACAGACUUAUCCUCAUCUCGUCAAUAAAGGUUUUUGCCAUCUAUUUUUCUUUCCUUUUCACGUUCCUUCCAGUAUCGGAGUCAAUCGUGCGCCUUUUCAACGACAAUGUGCAAGACGACGUGGGAUUCGUUACGGUGUUUCACUUUGUCGGCGUCUUCAAAGGACGUAAUUUUGAGCCGUACAUUGAGAAUCUGGGUCACGACGGUUUGCGAAAAUCGUUUCUACUUUGAACCCUUGUGCUUCAGCUUGGAUGAUCACCCUGCUGGACACUCAACAACCUUCUAAAGUGGCCCAAGUCGUCGAUAGACUUGCCAACGUACCAGUUGUGCCUCCGUUGGAGUCUCUCAAGCAUCUCGGCAUGCUUCUCACCAAAGAUCAGCCAGUGAUUGUCACGAUAAUCGGUCAGUUUGGGAGAAUCGAAGAAAUCAGCUGAACUCCUCCAGAACGCUACCUUCGAUGCGCACGUGGUCAUCUCCUCUCGGACCUGCUUUCUUCAUAUCUUUGUUUGCUGGAGGCGGAACAACCUCAAGCACGGCUCGGCGCUCUCAGAGCUCUUCAAAUAUUCGACGUAUGUUCCGACUCGCGCAGUUCUUUUUUUCUGUUGAAAGUUACAAUCUUGAAUCUUUUGUUUUGCAGAAUCCGAGAGUAGCGAAGCAAGUUAUGUACGUCGCCGACCAUGAUAAGUCCGAUUUUGUACGCCAAUUCGCCAAAAAACUUGCUGCCGUCUUCUCAGCCAGCCCCAAUACUAACAAAACCAAACGGCUUGAUGACGAAAUGACUCGGAUUUGA